AUGGUAUUAGGAACUCGACCUAAGGCAGGAAUAAAGGAGACCGGAGAAGCGGUGACCAGGCCCACCCCGCGGGACAAGGCGUCGGGCUGCGGGACCGCUGAGGGAGGCGCACGGCAAGCAAAGCCCCGGGCCGUCAGCGAGCCGCGCGCUGCCCGGCCGCCACUUCCCCACCGCGCUCGCAGUCCGCUCCCCUCCCCCCGCACGCCGCAAAAUGUCCGCGGCGGCGCCCGGCGAAGCAGGAAGUCGAAGCCGGGGCGCGGGGGGCAGACCCGGCCUGGGAGCCCGAGUCACCGCCACCCCGUGCACCCCAGGCGCUCGCCAGCGGCUCCGCGGUCCAUGGCGCCCCGGACCGCCGCCCGCCCUAGGGGUCCGCGGCGCCGGGGGGAGGGGAGCAGGGCGGUCGGGAUGGGUGUGACCCUUUCCUUCCGCAGCUGCCAGGUGACAGCCCGGCCCCGGCCGCGCCCUCGGCCCGGCCCCGGCGUCCCAGCCGCACACCUCUUGGCUGACCUGUGCCCCCCCAGCCUUGCCCUCCGAGACCCCCUCCGCUCCGUCCCCCGACAGACCCCGGACCCGCGCGAGCCCGGACGGCGCCGCGCGAGCCCGGCACCCCCCCCUCCACCGCGCGCGCCCCACGAUCCGAGGCUUCCAGGGAUCCCAGAGAUGGGGUGUCCCCCCCGGACGGGAAGAGGCCGGGGGCGGCGCGGCGGGGACCGGACUGUAGGGAGGCCGCUUCCGCGGGGAGCCUCGGGCCCCGCACUCACCUCAGCUCCUCCGCCGGGGCGUUGGCAGCAGUGCGCGGGGUCUCCUCGGCUGCCGGACAGGGGCACGCGCCUGACGUCAGCACGCAGGACACGCACGGUUGGGUGCCCGCGGAAAAGGGAGGGACCGGGAGGCGAAAAGAAGCAGAGCGGUUCCGGGCGGGGCCUGAACUCAUCCCCUGCCCGGGCUCUGGCCGCCUAA